AUGGUGGUUCAUAUCCUGGGAAAAGGUUUCAAAGGAAAGACCUUGAUAGACAUAGGUCUUUCUUCCAAGUUUUACGGAGUUGGGUUGCAGACUGCUCAAAGAUUAUGCUCUAAAUUGGGCUUCUAUCCUUCCAUGAGAAUGCAUCAGCUUAAUGAGCAACAAGUGAUGGCAAUAACGAAAGAGCUAUCCGACUUGACUAUUGAAGGCAAAUUGCGUAGUGUCGUACGAGAAAAUAUACAGUUGAAGAGAACUAUCGGAUCGUACGCCGGUUUGAGACAUGCCAUGGGUCUUCCAGUGAGAGGUCAACGUACAAAGACAAAUGCAAAGACCGCCAAGAAACUCAACAAACUCAACAGAUGGGGUUAA